AUGCAUGCACACAUACACGUACUGCUGGACAGGGUAGCGUGUGACGCAUAUGUGAGCUUGGGUGUGUCUGCAUAUGUAUGCGGGUGUCUACCCCUGCACCGUGGAAUACUAGCGCAUUCUGAGGAAGUCUACCUUUGCCCUGACACAACUGGACGCUUGUACCUUGCACCGGAUGGAGGUAGAAGCGUUGGUCCAGCUGCAAGUUCGCCUCGUGCCUUGCCUUCGGCUGGCCAAUGUGCCCGUCGUCUCUUACUCGGUGCUGGGCAAACCGACAUUAGAUCGGGCUACGGCAGCCAGGCCGGCAGGCAGUCAGGGAAGCACUCAUCUGUAGGCCUUAGCACCGGGAGAUCGGGCAAUCCAAGGGCAAGCAGUGAGUCGACCCGGCGGGUCCUCUUCUAUUCUGUUAACCCCUCGGCCUGUUUCCUCUUCCUCUGUGGACUCCUUUGGUCCAACCUCUUCGGGUGUUUGGACGGACUAGUUUCUUCAGCUGCCGUGUUUUGUGCCUCAGUCGGCUGCUCACGCAUCCGCUCUACUCAUUCUUCACCCCUUCUUUCUUUUUCCUCGUCCAGAAGCCACAAAAAGGCUCAUUUAUGUGGACGACUAGCUGAUGGUAUUGAGGAUGAUCUCUCAACCUGUUGUAGUAUCAAUGCUCGUUGGGGUCACUUUGCCGUGAAACGAGUGGAGCUGAUGUUGGGACGGAUGGUGAUGGUUGUGCUGUUGGUUGUGACAAAAGCAGAAGUGACGAUGCUGUCCACCUGA